CCGCAAAGGAGGCGCCGCUUAAAGCCGUCCCUGGAGCUCCGUGCGGCCUGGCUGCUGCUGCUGCUGGGGGGUGGGGGUGGGGGUUCGGGUUAUGAUCUUUCAUCGCCAGCUUAAAAGAAUGGACGCUAACAAGGCGACUCCUCCCGGUGUGAGCGUUGCAACGCUCGAUAAUGCCAAGAGGAAAGGCGAGUGAAGCAGAAAUGUGACAGCACUUGUCAGGAGGCUUCAGGGCGUUGACAGCUCCCGGUGCGCCCGCCCUAGGAGCACCGAGACCCGGGCCCAGGAAAACCCGAGGAUCGCGGCCCUCCCCCUCCCCCUGUCCUGGGUGACACCGGAGGGAGCCGGCCGCCGCUCUUCGAAGACACUGUAAAUGGAAAAGCUUAAUUCGGGCAACUUUGUUUGAGGUGUGCUGGGACUGGGAGUCGUUAAGGAGUUUGUGAGUGGUUGUGAAAACUGCGAAAGGUCCUCCAGGUAUGAUGGAAGGUCUUCAUCAUAGUCAGGCUCUGAGCCUGGACCCGCGCAGACAGGAGCUGCUCGAGGCUCGUUUCACCGGAGUCGGUGUGGCCAAGAGUUCAGCCAACAGCGAAUCAUCCAACCAGUCUCUGUGCAGCGCAGGAUCCCUCAGUGACAAGGAGCUGGAGACGCCAGAGAAAAAGGCCGGUGAGAGGAACAGGAAGAGAAAAGGAGACACGUAUGACAGCAACAGUCAAGGGAAGGGAAGAUCGCACAAAUUAAGUGAUUAUUUUGAGUUUGCUGGCAGCAGUGGUUCUGGUACCAGUCCAGCCCGGUUCAUCCCUGUGCUGGUGCGCUCCUCCCCUCAGCACUCACUGUCUAAUCCUCCGUUCCAGCAUGGCAGUCCUUCGUCCACCGGCUCAGCCCACACAGACUCUUCGUCGUGCAGCUCUGUGAAGACGGCACCGACACAGUCCUGCUCACACAAAGCCAUCCAGUCUGAACUGACGCUGCUGAAGCUGACGGCGCUGGAAAGGGACAAGAACUCUGACCUGGAGAAGAAGGAAGGGAGGAUCGACGACCUGCUCAGGGCAAACUGUGACUUGAGGCGGCAGGUGGACGAGCAGCAGAAGAUGCUGGAGCGCUACAAGGAGCGGCUCAAUAAGUGCGUGACCAUGAGCAAGAAGCUGCUGAUUGAGAAGUCGAAGCAGGAGAAACGGGCUUGCAGGGACAAGAGCAUGCAGGACCGUCUACGCUUGGGCCACUUCACCACCGUUCGCCACGGAGCCUCCUUCACCGAGCAGUGGACGGACGGAUUCGCCUUCCAGAACCUCAUCAAGCAGCAAGAGCGCGUCAACUCCCAGCGGGAGGACAUCGAGAGGCAGAGGAAGCUGCUGGGGAAGAGGAAACCUCCCUCCAUGGCCCAGACGCCUCCACCCAACCUGGAGCAGAACAGACGAAAGAGCCGGAGCAACGGCCAGGAGAGCGAAACGUUGUCGCUGGCCGAGUACCACGAGCAGGAGGAGAUUUUCAAACUUCGAAUCGGUCAUUUGAAAAAGGAGGAAGCAGAGAUUCAGUCGGAGCUGGAGCAUUUGGAGCGAGUGAGAAACCUGCACAUCCGGGAGCUGAAGAGAAUCCACAACGAGGACAACUCACAGUUUAAAGACCAUCCCACACUGAAUGAUCGAUACCUGCUUCUACAUUUGCUUGGAAAAGGCGGAUUUAGUGAAGUUUUCAAGGCGUUUGAUUUGACGGAGCAAAGAUACGUAGCCAUAAAAAUCCAUCAGCUUAACAAGAACUGGAGGGAGGAGAAGAAAGAAAACUACCACAAACACGCCUGCAGAGAGUACAGGAUCCACAAAGAACUGGAUCAUCCCAGAAUAGUCAAACUCUACGACUAUUUCUCGCUCGACAAGGACUCGUUCUGCACGGUGCUGGAAUACUGCGAAGGCAACGACCUGGAUUUCUACUUGAAGCAGAACAAGCUGAUGACGGAGAAGGAGGGACGCUCCAUCGUCAUGCAGCUCGUCAACGCUCUCAAGUACCUCAACCAGAUCCGGCCGCCCAUCAUCCACUACGACCUCAAGCCCGGAAACAUCUUGUUGGUGAACGGCACAGCUUGCGGGGAGAUAAAGAUCACCGACUUCGGCCUGUCGAAGAUUAUGGACGAUGACAGCUACAGCUCUGCAGAUGGCAUGGAGCUGACGUCCCAGGGAGCCGGGACCUACUGGUAUCUGCCACCCGAGUGUUUUGUCGUGGGGAAGGAUCCCCCGAAAAUAUCCAACAAGGUGGACGUGUGGUCGGUUGGAGUCAUCUUCUACCAGAGUUUAUACGGACGCAAGCCGUUCGGCCACAACCAGUCGCAGCAGGACAUCCUCCAGGAGAACACCAUACUAAAAGCCACAGAGGUGCAGUUUCCUCCUAAACCUGUGGUCACCACAGAAGCAAAGGCCUUCAUUCGACGUUGCCUGGCGUACCACAAGGAGGACCGGGUGGACGUGCUGCAGUUGGCCAGCGACCCCUUCCUGAUGCCCCACAUCAGAAAAGCGCUGGGGGGCGGCGGCGGGACGCCUCUGGCUCCGCCUCUUCCCUCCACCUCCAGCUCCUACAGCAGCAGCGCCUCCAACUGAAGCGAGAAGACAAGAAAACACCCCUGGGGGGGGGGGGGGGGACGAAGCCACGCGGAGGAGACGCUUCACGAAACACGGUGGGAAUAAAGGGAGGAAGUUCGUCCCUCCGAGUCGUCACGACGACGCGGCAAAGCCUGAGGCCGUGGGCUCGGUAGAACCCAAAGAUUUUGCCCGUAUGCAUGCACUAACAAAAACAAAAAAACUCGUUUAAAGGAGCUUUUUUUUUACGUGAUGAGAUGUUAAAAAAAAAAGCACCUGGGGGGGGAAAAAUUGCACAACUGACAGGCUCAGAAGUUUUGCAGGAGAUUUCUCGCCUGCACUCGGGAAAGGUUUAAUAAAAAAAAAAAAAAAAAAAAUCAUCCCGCACCUGCUCGACGUGCACCAUCUAGAAAAAAGUAUUUUUUUUCCCCCGAGAGACGGAGCGAGACCGUUUCAAAUCUGUAUCGCGCUGAACCUGGAACUUUUUUUUUUU